UUGGGCUUUCAUUUCUGACCAACAAAAGGUAGAUUGUUUACAUUAUUUGCAAUGUACAAUUUGUGUUGUUUAAACCAUACAUUUAAUUGUGAUUCUGUUGGUUUACUUUCCGUAGGGUCUAGUACCUACACUUCGUCAGUUGGGUGAGAAUGUAGAACACAGGCUCUGCGUGAAGCAUUUGUAUGGGAAUUUCAGGAAGAGAUAUCCAGGCAAUGAGCUAAAGCUUGCAAUGUGGUCUGCAGCCAGAGCAAACACUGUUCCAGAGUUUAAUGUUGCAAUGGAUGAGUUGAAAGCCCUUAAUGAAGAGGCUUGGCAAGAGUUGAGGCAGAUUCCUCCUGCUCAAUGGUCCAGAUCUGGUUAUAGCAAUGACACAUGUUGUGAUCUUCAGGUAAACAACAUGUGUGAAGCGUUUAACAGAGCCAUACUUGAGCACAGGGACAAACCCAUCAUUACUUUACUGGAGGGUCUCAAGUUCUAUAUGACAAAUAGGAUUGUUAAACAAAGAAGUCUCAUGCAAAGGUGGACAACUGGAUUGUGCCCUUCUGUUCAGAAAAAAGUGGAAAUCUCAAAGGAUUAUUCUGAUAGAUGGACUGCUGUUUGGGAUGGGGAUAUUCCAAUGAAUGAGUUCUCAGUAUUUAAGGGUAAUGACAAGUUUGUUGUUGAUCUGGGGCUUGGAACAUGUGCCUGUAGGAGAUGGCAGCUAUCUGGUAUUCCAUGUUCCCAUGCAGUAGCAUGCAUGUGGUUUUGUAACCGUGCACCUGAGGAUUAUGUGAACAUAGCUCUUAGGAGAUCCACAUUUAUGGAUACUUACUCUUUUCUCAUCCGAGGUAAUAAUGGACCCAAGUUAUGGAAUGAUGUCCCAGGUCUUCCAAUUACCCCACCUUACAUGAGAAGAGCUGUAGGAAGGCCUAGAACAGCUAGGAGGAAGAACAAUGAUGAGCCAAAGAACCCAAAUUCCCUUAGGAGGUACAACAAAACUGUACAAUGCAGGCGGUGUGGAGAAUAUGGACAUAAUAAAAGGACCUGCAAGGGAAAGGCUGCAGCUGACAGAGAAAUUCCUACUGGAGGAAACAGGAACAAUAAAAAAAGACUUCAUCCUGAGAUGAGGAAACAUAGAGGGGGUGGAGGCAUCAGUAUUAAUGAACCUGGUUCAAGUUCUCAACAACCAGGUUAUCAAGCACCAGAUUCUCAACCUCUAACUCAAGGCAUGCCUCGGCCAAGUCAGAGUCAGCCAUCACAACCAGGAGUUGCCAUAGUAGAUGAAGCUACAGCAGGAGCUGCUACAAGAAGAGGUAGAGCAAAGGGAAAAGGAGCUGCAACAGGGGAUGGAGCUGCAACUGGGAAUGAAGCUGCAACAGGGAGAGGAAAAGCAAAAGUAAGAGAACCUGCAGCAAAGGGGAAAGCAAAAGAACCUGCAGCAAAUGCAAAAGAUGCAACAGGGAAUGGAACCAAAAAGAGGAGUUAUGGACAGUUUAAGGGAACUAAGAAGUGAUUGUGUACCUCUAAAGAAGUUGAACCAUUAGACUUGUGCUGUUAUGUUUGAAGUAUUACUUUUUGAAUUAGACUUGGGAUGUACUUGAGCUGUAAUGUUUUGUCCUUACUUUUUGAACCAUUAGACUUGGGAUGUAUUAAUGAUUGGUGUACUUGAGCUGUUAUAUUUUGUCCUUACUUUUUGGACCAUUAGAAUUGGGAUCCAUAUUUUGUAAUAGCCAUGUUGCUG